AUGAACACCCACUCCCCCUACUCCCCCCAACCAUCCUCCAUCUCCCAACUAUCCCACCUCAACCCCCACGCCCACCCUCACUCCCAUGCGCACAGUCAUAGCCCGAGGACAGUAUCCAUCACGAUGGAAGAUUAUUUGACGGAUGAUGGAGGGGAGGAACAUCAGUUGAAUAUGGAUAUGGUGCAUGAUUUUGGGGGGGAGGGGAUGGGGGUUGAUAUGCGCGAGUUUACUAGGCAUGAUGACCUCGACGAAACAAUAUCGCACCACGAACUAACAGGCUCCACCCCCCACCCCCCCGCCUCGGCAACGUCAGCUUCAGCGAACGACGGUAGCAACUACGGCCAUACUCAAACCCAGGCCCGCGCUACGCCUCGUACCGGGCGGGAAGAGAGGAGUGCUAGUGGGCGUGUUGGAGGGGAGGGCAGGCCGGGGAGCGGGAGUGGGAGUGGGGCGAGUCAGGGGAGUGCGGGGUUGGAUAGUAUGUUUCAGACGGAGACGGGGUUGGAUGAAGAUGACGACGACGACGAAGACUCUUCCAGCACCAAACGCCGCAAAGGCGACAAAGGCUCCGCCUUUGAAACCGAAAAAGACACCCAGCGGCGCAAGAUCAAAAUCGAAUACAUCUCGGACAAAUCCCGGCGCCACAUCACCUUCUCCAAGCGUAAAGCGGGGAUCAUGAAGAAGGCGUAUGAGCUGUCCAUUCUGACGGGGACGCAGGUGUUGCUGUUGGUCGCUUGUUUGAAUGCGCCAGAAGGGUUCGGACCAGACGGCGAACCAGCCGACGCCGGGCCUGUACCAGCUACAAAAGCGAAAAACGGCGGCCUCGCCAUCCGGCCGCACAAACUCACGCCCCAGGCUACAGCAGCUAUGGCGGCUUCUGCCCAUGCCGCGAGUGGUAUCCCCAACGACAUGCCGAGUUCAUCCCAUUCCCACCCCCACCUCCCAACUCAGAACCAAGGCCAGAGUCAGGCUCAGGCUCAGGCGCACGCUCAGGCGCACGCGCACGCGCAACAACAGCUCGACGCCGUCUCAGCCCUCGGCGUCGGCCAAGGUUCCCCCAGCUCCCGGCCCAAGAAACGCAUGCCCUCCAACCGCCGUACAGCAUCUUCCGUCGGAGGGGGAGGGGAAUCGAAACCCGAACUUUCCCUUCCACUCCCUUCAGAGAUGCCGCCCGUGCCGCCUAUACCCGAUAUCCACCGUGCCCCACCCCCCUCCGCUUCUCAACAGAGUACGCCCCAACCGAGGAUGAUCCCGAACCCGAGCGCGGUUAGCGCGGUGCAGCAUCAGCAAUCGCCGUUGACGACGAGCCAGUUCCACUUACCGGUGGAGUACCAUCAUCCUCAUCCGGGACAGCCGACGGGGGGAGCGGGGGCGGGACAUUAUUAUCAGCCGGCGCCGGAGGGGACUUAUUAUUAUGCUUCUUCGCCUGCGGCUGCGCCGACGCCUUCUUCUGCUUCCGUUUCCGUUUCCGUUUCCGUUUCCGGGCAAGGGCAAGGGCAGGGGCAGGGGGAUGGAGCGGGCCAAGAUGGGGGUCCAGGAGGAGGAGGAGGAGGGGGGCAAGGGGGGCAAGGAGGAGGAGGAGGAGGAGGGGGGCAAGGACCGCCGGGGUAUCUCUUGCAGCAGCAUGCGCACAUGUUCCAUAACCCCUCGCCCCAACAACAUCAGCAUCAGCAGCAGCAUCAACAACAGCAGCAACAUCAACAACAGCAGCAGAGGGAGAGGGAGAGGUUGAUGGGGAUUGGGAUUUGA